AUGGGCUCCCUAGGCUCUCAUGACCACGGUGUCAAGGAUGUGUAUUCCAAGUAUGCUGAGGAGAGGGCUAAACGAAUUCGACCCGAGGGACUCGCUCAGUAUACCAAUGCAAAAGACCUAGCCAAGUUCAAGCAUCUGGCUGACGAUCCCUGGGCCCAUGAAGCUGGAGACCGACAAUGGGCAUGGCCGGCUGGUUCACAGAAUGGUCGCUCUAAAGUUGUGAUUGUUGGCACAGGCUUUGGAGGGCUGACUUAUGCCAUUCGGUUCCUGCUUGAGGCUAAUUUGAACCCGUCGGAUAUCUUGUUUGUCGACAAUGCAACAGGCUUUGGCGGAGCUUGGUACUGGAAUCGCUACCCUGGCCUGAUGUGUGAUGUCGAAAGUUCUUGCUACAUGCCAUUGCUAGAGGAAACUGGAUACACGCCGAAAGACAGGUAUGCGUAUGGCUCUGAAUUGAGGAACUAUGCAGAACUUCUUGCUUCAAGGUGGAAUCUGCAGGAUAGGGCAUUAUGGCGAACUACUGUCCGGUCCGCCAAAUGGGAUGAUGAAAAUUCGGAGUGGGUACUCCAAGUCCAGAAAUCUUCCUCCGAUGGGACCAGCACGGUAGUAGAUGUUCGGACCGAGUACUUUGUUCUUACCUCUGGCUUAUUGCACAAUCCUAAACUUCCUGAUGUGCCUGGGAUUGGAAAAUUCAGCAAACACACUUUUCAUACCGCGCGGUGGGAUUACGCCUACACUGGUGGUUCCUCAGACAAUCCGAUGAUGAACAAGCUAAAAGAUAAGAAAGUCAUUUUCGUCGGUACAGGAGCGACUGCGGUUCAAGCAGUUCCUCAUCUUGCGAAGUGGGCUAAAAAGCUGUUCGUUGUUCAGCGGACUCCUGCAUCUGUUGACAUUCGAGAUCAACGGAAGAUUAAUUCGGAAGAGUUCAAAGAGAAGGUUAGCAAUCAUAGAGGGUGGCAGCGAAGACGACGGGAGAACAUGGCUGCCUUUAUCAGCAAUGCCGCCGAGGAUGUUGACCUGAUUACAGAUUCUUGGAUGACUUUCCCGUCUUAUUCGGCAUUGGUAGGUGGGCCAAAUGCGAAGGAUUUGACGGAUAAGACUGCCAACGACUAUAUCAAUAAUCUUCAGGCAAUUGACCUGGAGCGUCAAGAUCGGAUUCGCGCCAGAGUGGACUCGAUAGUCGAGGACCAUAAGACCGCUCAGCUGUUAAAGCCCUGGUACUCUGGCUGGUGCAAGAGGCCAUGUUUCCACGAUGACUAUCUUCCAGCCUUCAAUCAGUCAAAUGUGCAGCUUGUCGAUACCAAAGGUCGAGGUAUUGAGUCAUGUACGGAGAAUGGGAUAAUCUGCAAUGGCGUUGUGUACGAUGCAGAUGUUGUGAUAUUCGGUACAGGAUUCGAGCCUUGGACAAGCGGCAGCCCAUCACAGCGAGCUGGGUUCAAGAUCUUGGGUCGCUAUGGCCUGGACAUGAAUAAUAAAUGGGAGAAUGGAAUCGGAACACUCCACGGUCUGAUGUCUCGGGGAUUCCCAAAUCUGUUCAUAUCGGGAGUCAACCAAACAGGCGCAACGGUCAAUUACGCUCACAUGGUGGAUGUGGCCGCCGUACAUGCAGCUCAGAUCGUUGCGAGUGUCACCGCAAAAACACACCCUGGCAAGACAAGGCCAGUCAUAGAACCAACAGCAGAAGGUGAGGAUAACUGGACUCGCAGGAUUGUCGAAAUGGCAUUUGCCUAUGCCGGUUUUGGUGGUUGUACUCCCAGCUAUACUACUGCGGAAGGACAGGCAACUCGCGAAAUGUCACCCGAGGAAAGCUUCAAGGCGGCAAUGGGUCUCAAUUGGGGAAGUGGUUUCCUUGAUUACAUUAAAACCAUUGAGAACUGGAGAGCAAAUGGAAAGUUGGAAGGACUUGAUGUUCAGAUUGUUGGAGAUUGA